CUAAUCCCUUCCCACGCGACCAACAACACGAAAACGUGUGUUUUGGGUACGGCGCGUGUUUUUAUAUAAAAUAACACAACUUGCAAUAAUUGCAGCCGUCAAAAGCAAUUGUUUUAGUCGAAUUAAUAACAACAGUUCCCUACAGACAAGAUGAGACGUCCCAAGAAGUACGAGUCUGGCGAGGCCGUACAAUAUAUCAGUCGGCGUGCAGCGCUGCGAAAACUGCAGCUUUCCCUGAAUGACUUUCGCCGCCUUUGCAUCCUGAAGGGGGUUUACCCCCGCGAGCCUAAACACAGACGCCGCGCGCAGAAGGGCUCAUCGGAUAUUAAGAUACUGUACCAUGCCAAGGACAUACGCUUCCUUCUGCACGAGUCUAUCGUGUGGACGCUGCGUGACUACAAGAUUUUUGCCAAGAAAACUGGCCGUGAUCGUGCUAUCAAGGAUUUCCGCAACCUGAAACGUCGCCUGGCCAUGUUCCCGGAGAUCAAGCUUGAUCACAUUGUCAAGGAACGCUAUCCGACUUUUAUUGAUGCUCUCAAGGAUCUGGACGAUUGUCUGACUCUGCUGUUCCUAUUCAGCACAUUUCCCUCACUUCAUUUGAUACCACGCGAGCAAUCGAAUCUGUGCCGACGUCUGACCAUCGAGUUUCUGCACUAUAUCAUCGCAUCGAAGUCGCUGCGCAAGGUGUUCAUAUCAAUUAAGGGCUACUAUUUUCAAGCAGAGAUCAAGGGGCAGAAGGUCACCUGGAUAGUGCCACACUACUAUCCAUUCAAGCCACAGUCUCGUCAGGAGGUUGACUUUAAAGUCAUGUCCAUAUUUGUGGAAUUCUAUACCAUCAUGAUGGGCUUCACCAACUUCCGAUUGUUUCAUGGCCUCAACCUGGCCUAUCCACCACAAUUCCCCAGCAGUGUACUCCAGGACACCGAGGAGACAUUGAAGGAUGAAUCCAGCUUUGUUUCCGAUCGCAUUGCUGCACUAAACUUCGAGUUGCUACGCACAGACAAAGUGCAGGAGGAUGAGGAGGAGCCAGAUAUUGAUAUGGAGCUGUUAGAGCAGGAUGGCGAUUCCAAGCGCAUCAUCAAAAUGAAACAGGAUGCACAGGAAGUUUCUCGCCUGCGCACACUUUUCAAAGGUUUGAAAUUCUUCAUAAAUCGCGAAGUGCCACGAGAGCCGCUAGUUAUCAUCAUACGCUCCUUUGGCGGCAAAGUAUCCUGGGAUUCAUCCGUCUUUUCGGGCGCCACUUACGACGAAAGCGAUGAGACGAUCACGCAUCAGAUUGUGGACAGACCCAGCCUGAGCACACAGUACAUCUCCAGGGAUUACAUUCAGCCUCAGUGGCUCUUCGAUUGCGUCAAUCAGAGACAGCUGCUGCCCACCAACAAGUACUUCCUGGGAGAAAAAUUGCCGCCACAUUUGUCGCCAUUUGUCGACUCAAAACGCGAAUCCUAUAUACCACCAGAGGAGAAGGCGUUGCUUGAUCCUUCCCUGAUCGAAACGCAUGCUCAAAGCGAUGAUGAAUCUGAGGACGAUGCUGCCGAGCCAGAAGAGGAUGCUGUUGAGCAGGAGCUGCUAGAUGCGCAGCUGCAGCGCGCCUAUCAACAGGAGACAGCCGAAUACAAGAAGUACGGCGGACCUGACGGCGUUAAUGAAGAUGAAGAAGAUGAGCUUACGGACGACGAGGAGUUUGAUCAGGAAAGCGAGGAUGAGGAGGAAGAGGAGCUUGAUGAAAAGACUCGACUACUAAUGCAAGAGAAAGAGAAAAUGUCCGUACAGUCAGGUAAAGUGCACAAGGUCAACAAACGGCAAGUGCACAAGGCCGAAGUGGACGAGCACCGUCUGCAGGCGCGCAUGGUUAAGCCACGUCAUCGCAAUCUAUUUCGCAAACUAAUACGCGAUAAGCAGACCAAGGAGAAGGAGGAAUGGCUGCUGCGUAAAAAGCGUCGCAAUAUUGAUGCCAACGAUAAGGAGGCCAAGAAGACGGCCAAACGGGAGGCUCGCAAAGCGGCUGCAACUGCUGCUGCAGCUGCGUCCAAACUGGGCGGCAAGUAAACGGUUCUACCUCACGGUAUUCCAUAAACUGUGUCUUGAUCCUUAGGCUUAGAUUGUACCUAAAACCAAUAAAAACUAAAAAUGUAAACAAAAAA